AUGUCAUCAUUUGGUGUUCGUGGCAUGAGCCAGAAUUUUGGCAUUAAAAUCUGUUGCUGUCGCGUGUGCACCUGCAUAAAUUUCGGUUUUAUUACCUCAAAAGCGGGUCUUUUGAAAAUCGUCCAAUUGGGUUUGGCAUCGCUGUGUGAAGGUCUACUCAUUAAAUAUGGAAUACCGGCUGCCGAUUCUAUUGGUCAAGCUUUGACGGGAUUUCUAACAACAACAUCGUAUUGUUUCACGACAACGGCGAUUUUAUUGGCCUGUUAUGCUUUCUCGGAUAAAUCGUAUGGUCUGAUACGCCAAUCAUUAUUUGAAGUUUUAUUCAAUGCCGUUGCCUGCAGUAUGUAUUUCAGUGCUUCGAGUUAUAUGGGAUUUGCUUGUGUGGUUUGGUUACAUCCACAAUUUCUAAUAAAACCCGGAUUUUGGGCAUAUCCAGCUAUGACAGCGGCAUAUUACAUUGGUUAUGCCGGAGGUAUAUUACAUGCCAUCGAUGGUUAUUUGGCCUUUAGACAUUACAAAGGUUAUCGGUAA